AUGUUAUAGAUUUUAAUGUGGGUCAUGGUUACAUGGAUAUACACAUGUAAAAUUCAGCAGUAAACUUGAUUUUAUAAGUAAAUUUAUAAACUUAGCAUUUUUAAGUUAGCAUUCAAUAAAAACAUUAAGGGCAGUCAUUCGAAAAAGUAGAAAUAGAAGGCAUAACUUCUUCCAUAGUGGAGGAAAAAGAAACAAAGACAAAUCACUUACUACAAGAAAAGGCAAGAAAGAUGGAAAAAAGGAAGAAGGAAAGGUAUGGCUGAUAGCAAAGAUUUAGGAAGAAAUUGCAAAAGUACCGAAAGAUAUAAGCAUCACACAAAAUGGACUAAGGUAAAAAGGUUUUUACGAAUAAUGAGGAUCAUUACAUAAAAAAGGUAUUCACCAGAAAUACGUAGCAAUUCUCAAUUUUUAUAUAUCUCACAAUAUAACCUUAAAUUACAUGAAGCAAAAACCAGACAUAAAGACAAAGAGAAAUUUACAAAUCCACAAUUAUGGUAAAUUUUAAGACAGUUCUAGUGUUUGGCAAUUCUAUCAAAUAAAAAAUAAGUUAGAAAAGGGAAGAUUUAAAUAUCACAAAAUAAGAAAGAACUUUGUCCAACAUUUAGAGAAUACACUUUCUGCUCAGUAUAUAUGGAACAUUAAUUACACCAUAUUAGGUCACAAAGCAAGUCUCAACGAAAAACAAUGGAUAUCGUACAGAGCAUAUUAAAAAAUAACCAACAGGUACAUAUGUUUGAAAAUUUACAAACAUACUUCUUUAAUACAUGGUCCAAAAAGGAAAUAACAAAAAUGAGAAAAUCUUAGGAACUGAACAACAAUGAAAACAACAUAUAUUACAGCUCAAGGCAUGAUAUUAACUAGUGCAUAGAGAAUAAGUUUUAACCUUAAAUAUAACAAUUAGAAGAAACAUUUUUUAAACUCUUAAUGUGCUAAAUGUCUUAUUUAAAAAAUUAGAACAAAAUAAUAUAAACAAUAAAUCCAAUAAAUGUAGAAAGAAUAAAGACAAUAGCACCAAAUAAAAUCAAAACAGAGGAUAGACAAGGCUAAAAGCUGAUUAGUUUAAAAAGAUCAGUAAGGUAAAAUUUAAACUUGUAAACUGUUAUCACUCUAUUUUUCAAUAAUUGAAAAAUGAUUUUUAACUUAAUAAUUUUAGUAAUAAGUUAAAAAAUUCAUACUAUUUUUUUCUGUUUGAAAAUGGUUUGGGUAGCUUAGGUUUGGGAUCAUUACAAUUGUUCUCAUUAAAACUAAUAGAAAAAAAUUUUUUUCCACCUAACGGCUUUUCCCUGAGCUUUCAGGAGGCCAUUAAAGCCGUUAAGACCGGGUCAGGUGAACAGGAAGUUAAAGACUGAAAAGGAGACACAAAACUGCCGACUUUCCCGACGGCGAAUCGGCCCUCUGGAAACAGCCGACCAAUCACAGGCAGUAGGGGCGCGCCCUGCAGCGGGGCUCAGGCUGCGGUUCCGUGGACUCGGUGACUACGCGCCGCCUGACCAGUAGGAGCCGCCCUCGACGAACGAGUUCGAAGGCUGCGACUGGCGCCGCCUCACCGCCUCCCACCGCCACUGACCGACCGUUCCACCGGCAAACAUGGUUGAAGCGGAUCGCCCAGGGAAGCUGUUCAUUGGGGGCCUCAACCUCGAAACCGACGAGAAAGCCCUCGAAGCCGAGUUUGGCAAGUAUGGCCGCAUCGUCGAGGUGCUCCUGAUGAAAGACCGAGAAACCAACAAGUCGAGGGGCUUCGCGUUCGUCACCUUUGAAAGCCCCGCAGACGCCAAGGCCGCCGCCAGAGACAUGAACGGCAAGUCCCUGGAUGGUAAGGCCAUCAAGGUGGCCCAGGCCACCAAACCGGCAUUCGAGAGCAGCCGGCGGGGCCCGCCGCCUCCCCGCAGCCGCGGUCGCCCGAGGUUCCUGCGUGGAACCCGCGGGGGUGGCGGCGGCCCGCGGCGUUCCCCAUCCCGGGGCGGGCCCGAUGAUGACGGCGGCUACGCGGGGGAUUUCGACCUGCGGCCCUCCAGGGCCCCGAUGCCCAUGAAGCGUGGGCCGCCGCCGCGCAGGGUCGGCCCACCCCCCAAGAGGGCCGCGCCGUCGGGCCCGGCUCGCAGCAGUGGCGGUGGAAUGCGCGGGAGGGCCCUGGCCGUGCGGGGGCGAGACGGCUACUCAGGCCCACCGCGCCGGGAGCCGCUGCCCCCGCGCCGCGACCCCUACCUGGGCCCGCGGGAUGAGGGCUACUCGUCCAGAGACGGCUACUCGAGCCGAGACUACCGCGAACCCCGGGGUUUUGCCCCCUCGCCCAGAGAGUACACCCACCGCGAUUACGGCCACUCCAGUGUCCGGGACGACUGUCCCUUGAGAGGCUACAGCGACCGAGACGGCUACGGAGGUCGCGACCGUGACUACGGGGAUCAUCUGAGCAGAGGCUCCUAUCGAGAGCCCUUCGAGAGCUACGGAGACCUGCGCGGCGCCGCCCCAGGACGGGGGACACCGCCAUCUUACGGAGGAGGAGGCCGCUACGAGGAGUACCGGGGCUGCUCACCCGAUGCCUACAGCGGCGGCCGCGACAGUUACAGCGGCAGUUAUGGCCGGAGCGACCGCUACUCGAGGGGCCGACACCGGGUGGGCAGACCGGAUCGUGGGCUCUCUCUGUCCAUGGAAAGGGGCUGCCCUCCCCAGCGUGAUUCUUACAGCCGGUCAGGCUGCAGGGUGCCCAGGGGCGGAGGCCGUCUAGGAGGCCGCUUGGAGAGAGGAGGAGGCCGGAGCAGAUACUAAGCAGGAACAGACUUGGGACCAAAAAUCCCUUUUCAAAGAAACUAACAAAAAGAAGAACCUGUUGUAUGGUAACUACCCAAGGACUAGUACAAGGAAGAGUUGUUUUUACCUUUUAAGAAUUUCCUGUUAAGAUCGUCUCCAUUUUUAUGCUUUUGGGAGAAAAAACUUAAAAUUCGUUUAGUUUAGUUUUGGAAUUGUUAACGUUUCUUUCAACAAGCUCCUGUUAAAAGUAUAUGAACCUGAGUACUAGUCUUCUUACAUUUACAAGUAGAAAUUCGAUUAAUGGCUUCUUCCCUUUAAAUUUUCUUGAUAAAUGAGGCAAACAGUUCUAAGAUCUUUUAUAAACAUCUGCUCACCUAAAAUGGAAAAAUGGAUCAUUCUGCUCAUUUAAACCAACUAGAUUUUGGGUGGAGAGUGGGAGGGAUUGGUGUAUGCUACUCUUAAGAUUUCAGGGUAUCUUUCAAACUGAAUCUGUGUUUCCAGUAUUAAAAAGCAAACAACCAGCAACAACAACAACAAAAGUGAUUUAGAUCAAAUGUUUAUGUAAAGAAAAUUAUUUUCACUCAGUAAAUCUGAAAAGUAAAUGGAUAAUGUUGGCCA